CGUCGCUAGGAGGCGAGCGACGUGCUGACGCGGAUUAUGUAUAUGAGCUCGAGCCGCGGGCUCUCGGCCUUUCUUGGCGCCGUCCGCUCGCUCGCGGCGCUCCCUGCUUGUGCCGGCCGCGCUUCCCCCGGUACAUAGAAUUUUUACAGCAUGGCGGACAUUGACAACAAAGAACAAACUGAACUUGAUCAAGAUUUGGAUGAUGUUGAAGAAGUAGAAGAAGAAGAAACUGGUGAAGAAUCAAAACUCAAAGCGCGUCAGCUGACUGUUCAGAUGAUGCAAAAUCCUCAGAUUCUUGCAGCCCUUCAAGAAAGACUUGAUGGUCUGGUAGAAACACCAACAGGAUACAUUGAAAGCUUGCCUCGGGUAGUUAAAAGGCGAGUAAAUGCUCUCAAAAACCUUCAAGUUAAAUGUGCACAGAUAGAAGCCAAAUUCUAUGAGGAAGUUCAUGAUCUUGAAAGAAAGUAUGCUGUUCUCUAUCAGCCUCUAUUUGAUAAGCGAUUUGAGAUCAUUAACGCAAUUUAUGAACCUACGGAAGAAGAAUGUGAAUGGAAACCAGAUGAGGAGGAUGAAAUAGCGGAGGAGAUGAAAGACAAGGUCACAAUUGAAGAUGAGAAAAAAGAUGAAGAAAAAGAAGACCCUAAGGGAAUUCCUGAAUUUUGGCUAACUGUUUUUAAGAAUGUUGACUUGCUCAGUGAUAUGGUUCAGGAACAUGAUGAACCUAUUCUGAAGCAUUUGAAAGAUAUUAAAGUGAAGUUCUCAGAUGCUGGCCAGCCUAUGAGUUUUGUCUUAGAAUUUCACUUUGACCCCAAUGACUAUUUCACAAAUGAAGUACUGACAAAGACAUAUCGGAUGAGGUCGGAACCAGAUGAUUCCGAUCCCUUUUCUUUCGAUGGGCCAGAAAUUAUGGGCUGUACUGGGUGCCAGAUAGAUUGGAAAAAAGGAAAGAAUGUUACUUUGAAAACGAUUAAAAAGAAGCAGAAACACAAGGGACGUGGGACAGUUCGUACCGUGACCAAGACAGUUUCCAAUGACUCUUUCUUUAAUUUUUUUGCUCCCCCUGAAGUUCCUGAGAGUGGAGAUCUGGAUGAUGAUGCUGAAGCUAUCCUGGCUGCAGACUUUGAAAUUGGUCACUUUUUACGUGAGCGUAUAAUUCCAAGAUCAGUGUUAUACUUUACUGGAGAAGCUAUUGAAGAUGAUGAUGAUGAUUAUGAUGAAGAAGGUGAAGAAGCAGAUGAGGGUUAUCAGCUCUUUGAAGAAGUCAAAAGCUGCAGUAAACUUUUCCAACGUUGGCUGCAGUAGAUCUUUUCCAUAAAAGCUCUCUGGAUGUCUCAAGUUGUGUUGGGAAAUUUUUCCUAUUAGAAGCUUUCAAAUUAAAUUGCCUUGUCACCAAACUCUGUAAUCAUGCAAAUCUCUUGAUCUGUAGUGUAACUUGUAUUAAAUUCUCCCUACAUUAUGAGCCAUUUCUUCAUACUCUGUACCUACUUCAUGGAUGCAUUUUGAACUUUAAUAUAGGAAGGGGAAGAGGAAGGAGAUGAGGAAAAUGAUCCAGACUAUGACUCAAAGAAGGAUCAAAACCCAGCAGAAUGCAAGCAGCAAUGAAGUGCGUGUGUGGCCUUGAGGAGAACCUGCACUGGAAUAGCCUAAAUACAACCGUUAUUUACUUAUAGCCUUAUGUUUUUGUAUUUUCUUAGUAGACUCGGUCAUUUUUUUUAAGGAGAGGAACUGCUAUUUUAAAGACCAGUUUGUUCUACUUAGCAUUUUAACCUUGAUUCCUCUGCUAAUACAUUGAAGGCACAUUCUCAUGCAUGUUCAUUCAUUGCUACCUAGUUUGGUUCUUCCAGAGUAUUUUCAACCUAUAACUGUUAUGUAACAGUUAAUAAAAUGAGGACUGUCUCUCAGGCUUCAAAUUUAUAGCAUUUUUUAAUUUGCCAAUUUUUUCCCCCAGAAGAACCAAAAUAUUUACUCAGUGGGAGUUGUUGAAUGAAUUUUUGAGUUUGCUUGCAUUAGCUGUGCCUUUCAUUAAUUUGUUAUAGAAAUGUAGGACUUACUAAGACUUCAUCAUGGGGGGAGGUAGGGGAACCUUUGCCGGACAGCUUUAUGGUUAAGAAUUUCCAGUAAGAUCCCUUUCAGUGACUUAGAUGAUUAAUGGAUUUUUGUGUUGUAGAUAACUGUAAAGAAUCUAACUCAGUAUAGUUUUGGUUAACACAAGGAGAUGAAUAAAACCUAGUAUUUUCAGAA